CGCUCCCAUUCUAUUACAAUUUCAUUUGUGACGGUCGAACUUAGUCUUAGAUGGCAAAUAUCUUUAUUUAACCCCCAUCCUCGCUCAAAAUACCUCCACGCAAUGUCCCGCCAUCAAGUCGCUCCUUGGUUCUCAGUCCCAGACACAACUAUCACUAGCGUUGAACAUCCAUGCAUAAUUCGAGAUGUUGACAAGGCCAUCGAAACUCUUGGCGGUAGCUCCGAGAUUGAACAGCUGGUGAGAGUCGACGGAAUAAACAAAGGGUUGGCUGUCAAUCUCAGGCCGAAUGAUUCUAUGAGCAGACCAGCAUAUUCUCAGGCUGCUGACACAAACAACCUCUUGGUCAAAAUUACUGUGCCAGCCAGGACAGGAAGAAAACGCAAGAGAGGAUCCACAGAACCCUUUAACGCCUCAGAAGAGAGUUUAGAUGAGCCUAAGCCUGUCAAUGUCCCUCUAAAUGGCCAACGGAUGGUGUCUCCGCGUCGGCAAGCUGCAUCGUCCACUGGAUUUGUCAGCACCUCACGCAUGCUAAGAAGCCUUCGUGAUAACCCAGAGAGGUACAACGCAGAGCCUGUUGGAGUUAUUGAGCAGACUCAACGGUUUCGAGGCCUUGUGGACUUUCAGUAUUCUACGAGUCAAAGCCCUUUCGUGCAGGAGCUGCGAAACCACAUCACGCCUUUCGAAUAUCCGAAACUGAAAGAAUAUCGCUUCAACCUAAGUAAAGGAUUCAAGCCUAACGGGGAUCUGAUUCCUCCACCAAACUUCACGCAUUUCACCGUUCCUUUCAAUUACUCCUAUCGACAGAAUCCUUCAGUUAAAUCCGCAAUUGACAGCACGGGACGGGCCGUCACCAUCAACACACAAAAGGCGGCUAAGGUGCUCACUCAAUUGGUGUCUCAUGAAGUGGCCCAAAUACCCACAGCUCCCUCCGGAGACCUUCCCCCCAUUGACACCGUGGAUAACACUACCAAAAAGAUAUACGAGGAACUCAAAGAAUUGCUUGAUAGACGGCCGAUCUGGACCCGCCGCGCUUUGACCAAUAAUGUAAGCAAUAAGCAGCAAUACCUGUACACCAUUCGCCACGCCCUUCAGUACGUGGGCUACAUGUUUCGUUCAGGACCAUGGCGAGAUGCAAUAGUGAGGUUUGGGGUGGAUCCUCGCACGGACCCAAAAUACCGCGUUUAUCAGACCAUGAUGUUCCAGUUCAACACAAAAGAAGAUGAAGCCGGAGCAAAACAAUGGGAGGAUGCCCGGACAAAGUUUAACCGCACGACCAAGGGCAAAGAGGACACGUUAGACAGUCACAUCUUUGAUGGACGAAAAGUAAUACAGGACGGCAAGGUCUGGCAGGUCUGCGAUAUAGCCGAUCCGCUCAUUGAAUCUCUCCUUAAAACGACGAACUUGAGAAGGACAUGCGAUAAAAUCGACGGUUGGUAUCACAAUGGUACUUGGGCUAAGGCCCGCACGAUUAUGAAGAACAAAAUCCGUAUUCUGCUUCAAGGCGAAAUUCCGUCAAAUGAUAGUUACAGCCGAAUAGUAGACAUGCCGGACAUUAUUGAUGCGUCAAACCGGCACCAGACUGUCGUAGGACGGUACCAGGGCACGCCAAGGGAGGUUCAGAUGGCCAGUGAGGUUAGAACCAUGGCGAACACGUCGGGACCAGAAAUGCGAACUUCGGCGCAGAGUACUGGGGCCGCCGAGGAGGAGCUACCUUCAACUCCUAAAUUAAGGGUUCAUUCACCAACAGAAUUAGACGAAGGUUCAUUGUCGAUCGUGGACCCCCGCGUCACACAGACAAUGCGGGAGUUGGACUCAGCAUCAAAUUCUAUUGGACCUGACCAUCAAUCAUGGCCGAUAGCUGACGAGGGUGAAGUUGAAGCGGAGAGUGAUGGUGAAGAGGAUGGAAGUGAUCUGGAGGAAGUCGAUAUUUACGACUCCUUAGGGACUCGGCCAGACGAGAAUAUCAUGAUGAAUGUGUAUGAUGACAAUGAGGAAGAGGCAGAAGGGAACGAUGAAGCAGGCAGCUGUUACUCUGGCCCAAUUCACUAAAAUAGCGUACAGUUGUAUAAUAUGCUCUGAGAGGGCAGGAAGUCGCCUUACAAGUUGCCAAACUAUCUUCAUUUUCUCGGGACUACGUCGCUGCAAGUGUGGCUGGGGGCUAAACCUUAGAUAAUAACUCGCUAGUACAUUAAAGGCUAGCUUAUCCGUUUCGCAC